UAUAGUGAAAGGUUUUGAACUAUUCAAUCGAUUUAAUAAGCAGAAAAAAAAAACAAUUAAAAAAAAAAGCAAAUCAAAAUGACUUCAUCAAGCAAAUGUAUUUUCUUUGCGUUUUUGUGUUUGGCUGCUCUCUUGACUCCAUAUCUUGCGGAAGCUGAAGAUAGGAGCAAACUGAUUCCCAUAGGUCCUUGUUCGAAGAUUCCGAACUGCAACCAAACAUGCAUUGAAUCACAAUUUCUAGGCGGAAAAUGCAUCAAAUGGUAUCCGGAUUCCACAAAAGAAACAUGUGCUUGUUUGGUAAAACCUUCUAUAACACCUGUUUAAGAUGGAGUAUAACAAAUUUACGGGUGUUAGACUGUAUUCAACAAAAAUGUAGCAAAAAAAAAUUCUAUAAUAUAUUACUUUAUGAUAAAUUUAUGGAUGCAAAACUUUUA